CGGCUUGAUCUCACCAGCCUGCGCUGCCGCACUGUCUGCGUCUGGCCCUAAGCAGCCCACCCAGACCAUGCUAGGAAACCUGUUUGUGAAGGGAUCAGACCAGCUGGCCAGCCAGGCCAAGAGACUGGCCAUGAAGUCUAACGAGGUGUCUUGCUGCUCAGAUGACUUCAAGGACCUGUUARCCAUGCCUACCCCGGGAGCCCUCCAACUGAAGAGACACCUCACCAAACCCCCAGGUUCCAAGGGCUCGGCCGGUGCAGGGGUCCAGUCCAUCUCUCCCUCUGACCUCCUGAAGCAGCAGAAACAGCAGCAGAAGCAGCUCUUAGAGACCCGAGGACGCCGGGCAGAGGAGAUCCAGCAGAGGGUCCUCCAGACCUCAGGCAGGGCGGGGGUCCCCGGGGCCUCUUCCCCCAUCUAGAGGGGCCCUCCUGUCCCCCAAAUCUGCCUCAGAUGUCCCCAGAACCCCACCGCCCCCCACACCCCAACACUGGGGAGGGGUUUUAACGAGGGAGAUGAUAUCUUGUUUUUUGACCACACCCCUCCUCCUCCCCCGACGGCACACAGCCUAUCAGCAGCCAAGGUGAACAGCUUGGGACCGAGGAGGAGGAGGAGCCAGCCCAGAAGAAGAGGCAGGAACAAAUGGACUAGGUCCAAUCAGGAGUUCAAGAAGAUCCUCAACGCCAAGUCCUGCUACGGGCCGAGCUACAGGCGGCGGAGUACCAGCUGCAGGAGUGCUACUUUGACCCCCUGGUGAAGAAGGAGGCGAUGGAGGACAAGAUGAGGAACAUCAGAGAGRAGAAGUGUCGAGCCGUCAGCUGUAAAAGUAACUGUGGCCUGUUGAAAUGGGAAAGAGACGACAUGUUGAAGGUAGGUGUCGCGUUUUAGUAGGUUUGGAGUUCAGAUGGACCCAAAGCACUUCCUUCUCCCAUCUGAUUGGUCCUGGGUUUGACUACUACUUCCUGUUCCUGUCCACAGGAGAAGUCAGGGCCUAAGAUAGCUGGGGAGCUGCUGAAGCCUCGYGGUGACGAGRAGCCCAAGUUCCUCAACGGCCUYCUGUAGUCCUCAGUCACUUACAAUCACCUURYUCYUUGUCUUCAUCAUAUGAAGCGACUGCUGCUGGUGCUAUUGGACUUUCUUGUGUUAUAUUUAUCUGCGUGUUGUAGAGUGCUUUUUAAAUGUCCUUUUAAUGUUUGUUUUUUUACUGMGGAUAUAAUUUGAAGUUGAUUAUGGAUUUUAAAUUGCUGUGUUUUGAAUGGAUUCAAUUGUAUUUCCGAAUGAGAUGUUUGUUGAUCCCUCCUGCUGGCUUUGAUGGGAAUGUGCUGAUUAAAUCGUGCUGAGUAAUUUA